CUACGCAAGCCGUCUUUCCUAAUCCGGCCAUCAUCGGCAAGAUCCCUGCCACCCUCCACCGGCGACACCCCAUCGACCCGCAUUCUCUCAGCUCAGGCCUCGACCUAGAAUUGCAGCGGACACCCGAAGUGUGGGAUUCUGGACGUCCAAGACUCCAAAGGACCCCUGACAAUCGAAUUCCAGCGCACUCCGCCUCGUGGUCGACUAGGGAGUACGUACUAGUCAGUCCAGACAACUAGUAGUACCUGACAGAACCGUCACUUGACCGCCCACGUCCAGUCACUGUUGUUCACCAUCCGCUGCCACAUGUACAGCUCCUGUCCUGCUGUUCAGUCGACUUUUCCUCCAUACUUCAACCCUUUCCUGUUCACGGGUGUUUUGGUUGCCUUCACCUAGAGACAUCCCCUCUCUUUGCCGAUCAAGAACAAUCUUCAGCUAUACCCACACUCUCACUCACUCUUACUCUCGCUCACCCACACAACAACACACCAUGGCAUCAAGACAUCUCACCAUGGACGAGCUCAACCAGACGGCUCUCGAGCAUUUUGUCUACCAGCCGGUCAACAAUGACAUGAUUGCUUUCCUGGCUCAUGCCGCCCAGAACGUCAUCUCAUGCGAUCCUACAACCUACUCUCGCUCCAAGAAUCCCCCGACUCCCCCCAGGACACCAGAAGCCGAUGCCGAAGACCAGCUCGACAAGUCUCUUCCUUCUGUGGAAGACUUUAUCCGCCAGCUCGUCGUCUCAUCCAACGUCCAGGUUCCCACUCUCAUGGCCAGCCUCGUCUACCUCACUCGUCUCAAGGCUCGCCUUCAGCCCCAGGCGCGAGGUAUCCGAUGCACCACCCACCGCAUCUUCCUCGCCUCUCUCAUCCUGGCUGCCAAGUAUCUGAACGACUCCUCGCCAAAGAACAAGCACUGGGCAAAGUACUCGCACAUCUCCACCCAGUACUACAACUUCGGCUUUGAUCGCACCGAAGUGAACACCAUGGAGAAGCAGCUUCUCUUCCUUCUCGAGUGGGACCUGCGCAUCCACGAGGAGCACCUAUACGCUGAGCUCGACUACUUUCUGGAGCCUCUUCGUGAGAAGAUCCUGGACCGCCAUCAGCGCAAGAUGCAGGAGCGCGAGGACAAACUGCGUCAAAAGGAAAUGAGCUCUGCAGCCCGUCGCUACCCCAGCCCAGCCUCCUCAAGGGAGGGUUCCCGCUCCCGCUCCCGCCAUGCAGCAAGGGAGCACACUCGCGCCACCAGUAGCGGCUCAACCCCCGGCCUCAUCUACAGCAGCUCGGCGAGCUCAUACGCUUCGUCCACCUCCAGUCGCCAGCAGUCACGCGCGACCACGCCUCUGGACUACGCUGAGCCCGACGCUUACGCCAUGAUGGCUGCCCAAGGCAGUCUCUGCGAGUCGCCAGUUCACGUCUACGUCGAGGAGAACAGCAAACGCCACCGAAGCAACUCCGGUGGUCGUCUGCCCUACGAGAUUUCCGAGCAAGAGUACCAGCAACUGCAGGACGACGGCUCGGCCAAGAAGAGACAGAAGCGUGGUGUUCUUGGUCGUUGGUUUGGCGCCACAGCCGUGCGAUAGAUGUAUCUUCUCAUCAGCAGCAUAUCGGGCGUUCACUGCACUUUUCUCUCUCAUUAUUCUUUCUACAUUCAGCAUCUCUCUGGAGUUUGGGGUCGGUUUCAUUAUUGGCGUUCUCAGGGACUACUAUUAUGACGAGGCACAGUACGAGUACGCAAAGGAGUCAGGUAUAAAAACGAAAUGGGUAUUGGUAUGAUGAAUAUGCACCUCCAUCGGGAAGAUGCGAGUAAUUCGCGGCUAGAGGGGAC